AUGUCGGCCUCUGGACUGAAAUUCGAGCUGGUAGUCCGCCUGUCUGCGACUGGCUCCCACAUUGUCGUAUACACCUCUGGCGCAGUACAUGCUGGUGCGCCAUUGAAUGUCUGUACACCCGCCAAGCCCUCCAUCACUCGCUUGCUGAUUCCCAAGUCGCCAAUUUUGACCCACCACUCUGGACCUGUCGAUAAAUAUUCUUUGGGUAAUCAGAAAGGAAACGCAACAAUGUCGGUGGAGAAGAUACCUUAG